CACUUGGUUGCCCUACGUGUCACUCAAUCAUAAUCAAUGUAAGAAUCAUAAGUCCUUGAGUUUGUGUUGAAUUUAUAGUAUAUAUAAACGGUUUUUCUCUCAUACUUAACACUUAACUACUGAUAGUUUACUCUAAUUUAUAACAGUAUUACAUAUAAACAGUUGUUUUUGAGCCCGAAGUGACCGAAAAUGCCGAUCGAUAUCUACUCCUUCUAUGCCAGUCCUUUCUGUAGGUCUGUCCUCAUGACUGCCCGGGAGCUCAACAUUGAGCUGAAUGUCAUUGAAACAGAUCCCGGCGCUGGGGAUCAGUUUAAGCCGGAAUUUCUUAAGUUAAAUCCGAGUCAUAAGAUCCCGACUAUAGUGGACGAGGGGUUUGUGUUAUGGGAGAGUCGGGCGGUUAUGCAGUACUUGUGCAACAAAUACGGUCCCGACUCUACUCUAUACCCGCGGGACCCCAAAAAGCGGGCUAUAGUGGACCGGUGGCUCAACUUUGACAUAUCGCUCAUGGAGUCCAUGAAAUCUGGAGUGAUACAAAAGGCUUUCUGUGGUGUGGAUCCGCCCGAAGACAAGAUCACAGCACUGAAGACUAAUUUGAAACUUACGGACCAAUUGAUCGGCGAUAAGAAGUAUGUGACGGGAGAUCACUUGACUAUCGCAGACCUGGCACUGUUGGUCACAAGUGUGCCACUAUUGAUGACCCAGUACGAUUUGUCGGACCUGCCACACCUGAAACGUUGGCUCACUUCCCUGUCCACUGAUUUGCCAUAUUUUGCUGAAUUCAAUGUAUUUGAUCAGAAAGUGAUGGGCGAGUGGGUCGCCAAGAGUCAGCAAGAUUUCACGGGCAAAGUAGUGUUGAUCACCGGCUCGAGCGGUGGCAUCGGUGCUGUCACUGCCGUAGAGUUCGCUCGACUCGGGGCUCAAGUGGUAGUCACCGGUCGCAGGAAGGAUAGGGUGUCCGCUGUGGCCAAACAGUGCGCUGAGGCGUCGCCUACAGGAGUGAAAGCCUUGGAAGUGGUGGCCGAUGUCACCAACGAUGACGACUGUCGCCGAUUAGUGGCCGAUACUAUCAAGACAUUCAAAAAGUUGGACAUUUUGAUCAAUAACGCGGGUCGGGGUGUAGUGUCGAGCAUAUGGGACGAGGAUAUCCUCGAUAAGUAUGAGCUAAUUAUGAACACAAACCUCCGGUCAGUCGUAUGGUUGACUCACUUAUGUGUCGAGCAUUUGGAGAAAACUAAGGGUAAUAUCGUUAACGUGUCGAGCAUUGCGGCCUUUAAACCGAGAGGGCUAUUGUAUUCAAUGUCAAAGGCGGCGCUGGAUAUGUUCACAAAGUGCGUAGCGCUCGAGUUGGGCCCCAAAGGCAUCCGGGCUAACGUUGUCAAUCCCGGUGCCGUGAAGACCGAGUUUUUAGAAGUCUGUCUUAACAUGAAUAAAGCAAAAUCGGAUGAAUUUUUGGAGGGUAAGGCCAAGGAGUACCCGUUGGGACGGGUGGGUGAGCCCAUGGAUGUGACAAAAGCCGUGUUGUAUUUGACGUCA